UGUCAUUAUAAAGAGGCUGAUGCACGCCCCGGUAACACCAAGCAAUCGAGGAAGCGAGAAGAACGGACAUGGGCUCCCCUGACCUCUCCACCGUCCUUCCCCGCGUCCUCAUCGUCUCCCGCCGCUGCGUCCGCAAGAACAAGUUCGUCGACUUCGUCGGGGAAUACCACCUCGAUCUCAUAGUCGGGUACGGGGCGGUGCCGGUGAUCGUCCCCCGCGUGGCCGGCGUCCAUAUGUUGCUCGAUAGCUUCGAGCCGAUCCACGGCGUGCUGCUGUGCGAAGGGGAGGACAUCGACCCUUCCCACUACGAGACCGACAUCUCGGGGCUGUCGCCCGAGGAGCUGGACGAGAUCCGCAACCUCCACACCAGCGACACCGCCAUCGACCGCGAGAAGGACUCCAUUGAGCUCCGGCUCGCCAAGCUCUGCCUCGAGCGCAACAUCCCCUACCUCGGCAUCUGCCGCGGCUCCCAGAUCCUCAACGUCGCCUGCGGCGGCACCCUGUACCAGGACGUCGAGAGGGAGCUCUCCAAGAAGGACGACGGCGGGGGCAGCACCGCCACCGUCCACAUGAACUACGCCGACUACGACGGACACCGGCACGCGGCGCGGGUGGUGGAGAACACGCCGCUGCACUCCUGGUUCCGGGAGUCGCUGGACGAGGACAAGAUGGAGCUGGAGGUCAACAGCUAUCACCAUCAGGGGGUGAAGAGAUUGGCGGAGCGGUUCGUCCCCAUGGCCUUCGCCGGGGACGGAUUGGUGGAAGGGUUCUACGACCCCGACGCGUACAACCCGGAAGAGGGCAAGUUCAUCAUGGGUUUGCAGUUCCACCCCGAACGAAUGAGGCGCUCUGAAUCCGACGAAUUCGAUUACCCAGGAUGUCCCAGGGCUUACCAGGAAUUUGUGAAGGCGGUGAUCGCGUACCGGAGGAAGGUGAAUCUGAAUCGCGCACCCAAGAUGGAUCAGGAACUGGAGAAGAAAAGGAAGACCAUCGUGAGAAGCUUCUCGAUUGCCAAGAACUUGUACGACGCGAGGCUCGACAUGCCACCCUCGGAGGAGCAGGAUCUCGAAGCCGGAGCCGAGUUCCUUGAGUCGAACACGGCGUUGAGCAUUCAGCAGGAGCAGAGGCUGAAGCAGAUGGGCGCGACGGUGAGGAACGCCUCGUCCUACUUGCAGAAGCUUAAGAUGAACGAGGGGAGGGAGAUGGUGGCGAGGAACGUGAUGCGGAAGAUGUCGGUGGAGCAGCUGUCGGAAUUGCUCUCCUUCUACCACAUGAUGGGGCAGAUCUGCUCCGAUGUGUUGGAGAGGAAGAUCAAGGCCGCUUGAAGGUUGUUAACACGCCGAAUUGGGUCUCCGCCACCGAUCUUAUUUUCCGUCUCCCUCAGAUAAAAUUUGUCUCCUGAUGGAAACACAUGGGAUAGACAAAGAACACAUUUCAAGAUUACAUCAUUAUUAUAGAAGGGUGUAAACAGUA